AUUUUAAAUAUACAACCAACUAAAAUUUGCUUUUAUUUUAGGGAACGAGAACUAAAUGGCUUGAUUGAACUACACUAAUCGUUAUCUUUACAAAUUAGUGGAUUAGUGAAUCAUGAUAUCUAGUGUAAUCUUGUCGAAACGUUGCAUAAAAUUACCACCAAUACUUCAGAUAUGAUAAUGAUAUUCACGACCCUGAACAUGAUUUAUCAAGAUCAAACGAUGUGAUAUCAGUAUAGUCCGAAACAGGGCCAAGAUUUAAUUACAUAGGACCUAGGCCUAAUAUUGGUCAUAUAUACCAAGAAUAGGCCUAUCGAUGUGCCGUAUUUAGUAGCGGCGCAAGUUGAAUUUUUACUUUUGAUGGUGGCAUAGCGUAAUAACGCAAAAACUAUGUCUUUUUACAUUAAUGUAAACAAAGACCGUCUCUACCCUUUAAAAUUUCAGAUUGAAAAAAGUUCAGAUGCUCGGACUAUCGUCGGCUGACAGUAGAUAAUAAUCCAAUAUGUCGCGGAGUUGUGAGCGUUUACAAGAAUUUCACGACCAAAUCUCGACUGAUUUGAAAAGGACUGUUAAAUUUUGGGUGGAAAAUUCGCACGAUUUAGAGAAAGAUGGAUUUUUCAACUGCCUGGGAAAAGAUGGAAAAGUUUACGAUACAACCAAAAAUACUUGGCUACAAGGACGGCAGAUUUGGACUUACAGCACGCUGAUAAGACAUGUACCUGAGGUUUUUGGCACUGAAAAAGAUAAAAUUCUAGAUUUUGUAGAGAAAAGUGCCAAGUUUCUAAUUUAUAAAGUGAAAGACCGCGAGACUAACAGGUGCCCGUUCAGUACCACACCAACAGGACUGGCCAUCAAAUACCAGAGAAGCAUCUAUACCGAGAUCUUCUUUACAAUGGCCAUGAUAGAGCUUUAUUCUGUUACCAAUAACGAUCUUUAUAAGGAAGAAGGGUUGAAGAUGUUAGACAAGAUUAUCUACUGGACACAAGAAGAUGACACCGAAUUGGGCAGAACUGUCUUACCAGGGACAACUCCGAUCCAAACUCUGGCAGUACCAAUGGUAGUUCUCUCCCUUGGCCUUUUACCUUUGCCAGAGGACAGAAUGACAAAAUACAGAGAAAUAGAAGAAAAAUGUGUGAAAGACAUUAUGAAACAUAUACAGAGGAAUGGUAAAGUUAUUUUGGAGAAUGUUUCUCCUGAUGGAACCGAGUUGCCAGGAAGCAUUGGCCGACUCAUGAAUCCAGGUCAUGCUAUAGAAUGUGGUUGGUUUCUGCUGGAAUACGCCAAGAAGUCCGGUAACUCUGAACUAAAACAGAUUGCUUUAGACAAAUUUAUAAUGGGCGCUUUUGAAAGUGGUUGGGAUGCGAAACAUCAGGGGUUGUUUUAUUUUCUGGACGUGGACGGCUGGAGUCCGACACAACUAGAAUGGGAUAUGAAAUUAUGGUGGCCCCACACAGAAGCUUUGAUAGCAUUCCUAAUGGCCUACGAUCAGACCCAAGAUAAAAAAUAUCUGGAUUUAUUUGAGAAGGUUUUUGAUUAUUGCUACCAGCAUUUUGUGGAUAAAGAAAAUGGAGAAUGGUUUGGUUACCUGAACCGACAAGGUGAUGUGACGCAUACCUUUAAAGGUGGACCAUGGAAAGGAUGUUUUCAUGUUCCCAGAUGUCUGAUGAUGUGUCAGCUGAUCCUAAAGAAAUUACUGAAGAAAGAGACCGACACAUAAUAUACAAUUUUGAAUAAAUUCCCUUACAUUU